AUGCCCGACUCGCCGCACCCGCAGACCGGCGGGCCCUCGGUCGACUCGGUCGAGCGCAGCUUCCUGUCGGAACUGCAGGCGUCGCUAGAGCCAGCGGAGCAGCCCGCCGCCGCGGCGUCACCCCAACUGUUCGCGGCGGGAGUGUGCCUUGCGGCAGCGGCUCCGGCCGCGGCACCCCCGCACGCCCUUCCCGCCGCCCCUGCGGCGGAUCCGGACGAACCUCGUCUCAGCCUUGACAUACUCGCAGAAGAGAGCGAGGCCGCGGCACAGGCUCUGGCGAGGCGAGUGCGCAGUGCCGAUAUUGAGCCGCUCGCCUUCUACGCCGGCUCUGGCAUCUCCCCCGCAUCGGCGCCACAGAAGCGCCGCUGCGUGCACGGCCACUAA